GUGGGUAGAGCACGUGAAAAAAAAAAAAGAGGCGCGUAUCGCCCGAUUUCCGGGAACAUUUUAGGUUCUUCACUUCCAGUUUGUGUUCCUGCAACGACGAGCCGCUUGACGACCUCCCAAAAAGUUUGUGUGCGAAGCGGUGUCAGCGCCAAGUGUCAGAAUGAGAUGUCGUCUCAUAGCGGCUCCUUUGUGCAAAUCAAGUUCGAUGACAUCCACUUCUUCGAGAACUGUGGCGGCGGCAGCUUCGGAAGCGUGUACCGGGCCAGAUGGAUCUCCCAGGACAAAGAGGUGGCCGUGAAAAAGCUGCUCAAGAUUGAGAACGAGGCUGAAAUUCUCAGCGUCCUCAGCCAUCGUAACAUCAUCCAGUUUUAUGGCGCGAUCGUGGAGGCUCCCAACUAUGGAAUCGUCACUGAAUACGCAAGCGGCGGGUCACUGUAUGACUACCUUUCCUGCGACGAGAGUGAAGAAAUGGACAUGGGGCACAUUAUGACAUGGGCGACGGAGAUCGCCAGAGGAAUCCACUAUUUACACUCGGAGGCCCCUGUAAAGGUGAUCCACAGAGACCUGAAGUCAAGGAAUGUUGUUAUAACGGCAGAUAAAGUCCUCAAGAUUUGUGAUUUCGGGGCCUCCAAGUUCCUGACCCACACGACACACAUGUCUUUAGUGGGCACCUUCCCUUGGAUGGCGCCCGAGGUCAUCCAAAGCCUGCCGGUGUCUGAGACCUGUGACACUUUCUCCUACGCGGUGGUGCUUUGGGAAAUGCUGACACGCGAGGUACCCUUCAAAGGCUUGGAAGGCUUACAAGUUGCUUGGCUUGUCGUGGAAAAGGAGGAGAGGUUGACUAUCCCCAGCGGCUGUCCUGCCAGCUUCGCAAAGCUGAUGAGGGACUGCUGGAUGACGGAUCCAAAAGAGAGGCCAACGUUCAAGCAGAUCCUGUCUACUUUAGAGACCAUGGCGAACGACAGCCAACUUCCCCAACAGUGCAACUCUUUCCUCCACAACAAGUCUGAAUGGAGGUGCGAAAUCGAAGCCACGCUCGACAGGCUGAAGAAGCUGGAGAGAGACCUGAGUAGCAAAGAGCAGGAACUGAAGGAGAGGGAGCGCCGGCUGAAGAUGUGGGAGCGCAAACUCAUCGAACAGUCCAACAGUCCGCUGCUGCCUACGCUGGACAUCUACACGUGGACAGAGGAGCACGUGUAUUUCUGGAUGCAGCAAAUAUUCGGUGAAGAGGGCGGCGCGUACGGCAUGCACCUGUAUGCUGACCUAUUUCGAGACAAUCACAUCACGGGUAAAAGGCUCUUACUGCUGUCGGAGAACGACAUGCGCGACAUGGGCAUCAAGUCCAAAGGUCACGUCAUGCACCUGAAGAGUGAAAUUGAAAAGCUCACCAAUGAUUACCUCGGGCUGGUGCACUUUCCACCUCUGCUCAAGGAGGAGCUUGAAAAUGAGGUGGAAAGCAGUCAAAGUGUUAACCUCGAACUCGUCUUUGGGUACCACUGGAAACCAGGGACAGGAAAAUCAGACUGCAAGUGGAAAAUGUUCCUGGAACUCGACGGAGACGACGCGGCCUUAACUUACAUCAAGGAUGUCGUCUUCAGCCCCAAUCGGCAGGAUGUGGAACCCAUGCGGAUGACGAAGCCGCCGUUUCUGAUGGACAAAUGGAUUGUCGGCAUCCAGCCGAACCAGAAAGUGGACUACGCAGUCAGCUAUAAGAGUAAUGUCAGGUUACCAAAGUCAACUAAACACAGCUGCCCCAUGACGUGGUGUCAGACUGGUGGACAGGAUGUCAUCAAAACGGUGGAGCUUGUCAUCGAACCGACACCCGUUCACUUUAACUUGAGCCCCAGGAGCGGGAUAAACUCCGACAUCGACCAAGCUUGGAUGCGCAGUGUGAGGCUCCGGCAAAUCGUCUGGCAGAAGACGCAGCAGCCAAACGCCGCCCUCCCCACUUUCACCAGCUCGGGAGCCUGCACGCUUCCUCAGUUCCUGUCGGCGCACGAAAGCCAAGCGUCGUCUUACGCGGCGGCAGCGCGGCGCUCGCCCGUCCGCUCCCCUGUCAUCCCCUGGAACGACUCGCGCAGCUCCUCGCCCACCGCCGGCCUCUCGGCCAAACUGUCCCCGCUGUACUUGGGGUCAAAGGGCAGCAGCCCGUGCAGCACCACGUCAGAGGGCACGUCGGAAAGAGAGCGGCCCCUCAGCGCGGGCGUUGUCCUCGAGUACAGACGACAGGGCUUUUUUGGCAGCGCCGCAGGUCAAGGGAGGGGCAAUACAAGAGGGGGCCAAAGCGGCAAUAAAAGCAACAAAAGCUCACGACAGCCAAUGAGGCCGCGGUCCAACAGUUACGGCUACGCAGCGCAGAUCCGCCCACGCGUAAUACCCGGUAUUAUGUCAGUGACGGAAAAUCCCAAUGAGGAAAGUGAGGAUGCCAAAGCCAGCAACGAUGGCGGCUGGAUCAAAGUGGAGCGCCACAAAAAGUUACUGCGACAGGACAAUAAAGCGGUGAGGGGUCGCCUGAGGCGAGGAGGGCGGGGAGGACGCGGCGCCGGGGGGAGGACUUAAUAUGGCGUGCGCCGUACAUGUCAGCAACUGAAUUGAGUUUACCAUGUAAAUAUUUCAAUCCAUGCUCUUCAAGGGAGUUGUACAAGAUGUGUAGGAAUGAAUUACGAGGUUUGUAUUUUUUAAAAGCUAAUUUAAAUCAUGCUCAAAAUAUAUUUAUUAAAGUUACAACAUGCC